GGAGCCGGUCCUAUAAGCACAUCAAAUGCGGUCAAACUAGUUUGCAGAGUGGUUUUAGCUUGGAGAGGGGAAUACUUUGAACGGGCUAUUGUGUAUUCUGUUGUUUGUGUCAGUUUCCUACUGUCUGGCCAUUGAGUGGAGUAGCGGGGGUGGGGGCCCUGGAGCAGUGCAGGAUGGUCCUACAGGCUGUAGGGAAAGCCCUGAGAUACAAGAAAAGGAAGACUGCAAAGUCAAAGCCGGAUGAUAAACUGCCUUUGACUGAGGAAAAGAAACUGUAUCUGGAUGCGGAGUAUGCAUCGGCCCGAGUGUCUGAUGCAGAUUUGCCCAUGCUGGUUUCUUUGCCCAGAGAGAUCGAUCAGAAUGAGUGGCUGGCAAAUAACACAACGACAUUUUUCAAUCACAUAAACCUCCAGUACAGUGCCAUCUCUGAGUUCUGCACAGCAGAGACCUGCCCAGUGAUGAAUGCGUGUAAUACUCAAUACUUCUGGACAGAUGAGCGGGGGAAGAAAAUAAAAUGUACUGCACCACAGUAUAUCGAUCUAGUGAUGACCCACAUUCAAAAACUACUGACUGAUGAGGAAAUCUUUCCUACCAAGUAUGGUAAAGAGUUCCCAAGUACCUUCGAAUCGCUUGUCCAGAAGAUCUGUCGCUACCUCUUCCAUGUUCUUGCUCACAUCUACUGUGCCCACUUCAAGGAGGUGGUGGCCCUCGAACUGCACCCACACCUCAAUACUUUGUACAUACACUUUCUGAUCUUUGUCAGGGAGUUCAAUCUCGUCGACCCCAAGGAAACAGCCGUGAUGAGGGACUUAACAGAUGUUCUGCUCAGCGGUGCACCACAGCCCCAGAACCACGUCAACCACAGAUGAGCUGACAACCAAUGCACACAGUGGAUGUUAGAAAUAUUUUCUUUAGUGGAAAGAAUAAUAACUUCAAAGAUCAUGUUGCCCGUGGCAACGCUGAAGUAAUAUAUGACCAACAAAUAGUAAAUCCAAGUGGCCCAAAAUGGUGACCAUGUUGAACCCACCCAGCUGAUCUGCAGAUAUCCUUUAUAACGGCCUUGUUCAACACUACUGUUGUUGAAUAUUAAAUUCUACAUAGACCCCUCUAAUAUGUAUCAGUCCACCCAUUUAACUAACCCAAUGAGUGAGUUUCCUUGCCCCUGCAGAAGAUUGCCAUAACUUGCUAGUGGCCAGUUAUGACUGUCAGCACUCACGAGCUAACUCAUGUUGUUUACUGCCACUGCUGAAGUUCUAGGUUUUUCUACUGGAUCUUUCAUGCCCAGAGCAAGGCAUGAAAUAUGCAAAUCCUCAAACAGAGCAUUGUGAUUGGUGAGAUCUUUGGGUUAUGGGAUGGAAUGGAUCUAAAGACUUCCAUAGUACCUGUGCAGAAGUUGUGAGGAGGUCCUGAGGUAUGUUUGGAACCAAGCUGGAGACAGCUUUUGCUGCUAUUCUUGUCCCUUCUCUUUCCUCUUCUUUUAUGCUUCUUGGUGCCAUCAUGUGAGCUCUUGAGGAUAAUCUACAUUUAAUGAUCCUUAUGGAUCAGAAGAUUCCGUAAUCCCAUAACUAGCUUCAUUUUCUGCAUGAAAUCUCCGUGUGUUCUGCAAGUCCAGAAGUGGCAUUUGUGUCAUAUGGCCGCUCAAAAAUAGCUUAUCUGCAGCCUUGAAAUAUAUUUGAAUUUCCUUUUGAGUGAGAUUAAAAACAACCCAUGUCUCUUGUGGGCAGGCUCUUUGAGGUUUGCUUAGUUGCAGAAUAUAGAUCCCUCUCAACAGCAUGCCCCAGCCUUGGUAUCAGAUAACUGUGUGAUGCUGCUAGGAUGUGGCAUUUUACCAUUUCCCACUCAGCGAGAUUUUCAAGUGCUGCCCAUUACUGUUGGUGGGUACAUGUUCAUGGGUCAUGAUUGAGACUGCUGAAAGUUCUUUUAUUUUUGUAUUAACGUACUACACUACUGACCUGGGAGAGGUGCGACAGGUAAAAAUAUCACUGAUGACAAAGGAAUUGCGCGUGUGUGUGUAUAUAUGUGUGAGUCGCCUCCCACUUGUGCCUCUGGGUUUACAACGUGUUUAUAUGAAUUUUUGCUGCUUUAUCCUUGCAUGACUUGGAAUCAAAGAGCGCGAUGGGGGGUUAAAAACAGCAAUGGCAGUAAAGGUACAAGCCCUUCAUUAUCUGGCUGUAUCUAGAUGUUUUGGUUUGGGAGGUGGUCUGGAGGGGGUUAAUGGGGAAAAUGGUUUAGAAGCUGUUGAACUAAAUUUCAAGAACUUUUUGUUGUUGGUUGUGAAUGUUGUAGUCGCCCAUUUGGAUUCUGAGUUCCAGAGUAAUCGAAGCCAGUGGAACCAUGGGCAGUGAGUGACCCUCUGUGGUCACUAACAGUUGAGAGACAAUGCAUAGUUGCUUCUGCCACUUCGUGCAGUAUUUUUCUGAGAACAGCUUCUGAAGACCUUUAAACCAGUGGGAAAAUCUGUAUCAUCCAUUAAUGAGUUUCCUUUUCACCAUUUGUGUAUUUCUUUGUGAUCAGGGCAUGUAAAGUACCUUUCUUUGCUUUUUCAACUCUUUAACAUGGCCUUUCUGUGAACUAGGUAGGCCAAUCCCACUGUUGCAACAUUGCAAAGAAACUUGUGACAUUGGUUCAAACAUUGCAAAGACUGUCCCCUCAUCCUUAAGUGUGAGGUAGAUCAUGCCUUCUGGUUGGACUAAAGGCCUGUCGUUUGUCUGAUUUCUUGUUGUCCUGAAAGAUUUUCUGUUUUCAAUAGCCGUAAUUAAGAGUGUUCAUAUUACAUUGGUAGAAUUUACUCUCUGGGAAAGAAGGGAGUCCAGAAAUGAGCAGUUUUUCUGUUCAUAGCAAAUCAACUUUUAUUUUAGUAACCCCUUUGUUUUUUUGGAGCUUUGGUCACAGCUUGAGUCGCAAUCUGUAUGGAAUGAAGGACAUUGGAAAGUGCCUGCCUGAUGAACAGGACAGUUAGGAUGUUCACCACUACAUGCUCUUGUUAGAGUGGCUGGUGUUCGGUAGGUUUAUGAAAAGAUCUGUUUGGUUUCCACAGGUUUUGAUGACCAGAGCAGUGCAAUGGAUAUCACUAUAUUUGAUAAUUUUUAUCGGCCUUAUCUUAAUUUCCUCCAUGAUGAGGCUCUGUUUAGGGUUACAAUAAAAUAUUUAAAAGAUAGCAACAGCAGCUAAAAGAUCGCUGGUAAUUUUUGUUUCUUUUUGUUUCUUAAGUGCAAAUUCUAUUUAUUUUGCCGUGGAAUGGAACAUAGACUGGACAAUCACUUUACAGGGAGUGACCGGCUGGAGGUCUGAACAUCCAGUGACGUUUCACUUCUGUGUGGUAUCAAAAGUCAUAAUCAGAGUUUGAAUGAGUUGUGAUUUGGUAUGUUUAGACUACAGGAGUAUAGCUGAUGAGCAGAUUACACAUGCUUUCUGUAAUUUUUUAAGCAAAGCUAGAUUCCAGGUACUAAUAGCGUUGUAGAUUCUAGAGGAUGUGGGUCUACUGUGCAGUACAUAUAUACUGCAUGAUGAUGAGACCAUCUCAGGGGAAACGUAAGUAAGCAGUUUGCAUGAGCUCCCUCUCCUAAAAUGGGAGGAAAUCUGAAGAGAAGUUUGGAGAGGGAAGGAACCACCUGCUUCUGCAUAGAAAUUUUGCAGCUUAAGUAGCUACAACUCCAUGUUUUAUUUAGGGAAAUUAAGAUGAGACUAUUUACAUGUCAAUUGUAGAUGUAGUAACUACAGAACUGGAGACAGGAUUGCAAACCAAAACCAUACGUCUCGACUGAAUUCAUGAGAACUACCAGAAUGAUUGAGUUAUGUUGCCUGACGUCAUGUUUUUUUGGUUGCAGUGACUGCUAGUUCCCUUCUGGUUCCCACUGUACAUUAUUUUAAGAAGUGCAGGACUUUCAUGUUAACCUGACUUAUUUUUAUUUGUGUCUUGCUAUGAGACCACUUGGAAGUGUCUGUGUGUGUCGACAGGACAGGAGCUACACUUGGCCAAGCAACAAGAUCAAUUACAAGUCAGAUUGGCGACCAGGUGGAACAAUGUUGAUGUCAUCUUGAGUGGUAGUGAAGAUGGUCUUGGUCAGUUUUGAAGCUUAGCAUCCUUUCUUCUUUUUAGUUGAUUUUAUUAAAAUAAAACAUUUCAAUACACUGCUAUGGGUGAUCACUCCAAGAACUCAACAGCUUGCCCUAUGAAUGAACUACCUCCUCUGUGUACUUCAUACAAUGGGACCCUUCCUCCCAAGCAUCCCUCCAUAGCCUACUUUUUUUUAAAUUCCGAGUCCCUGCACGUUGACAGGCCAGUCGGGCCUGAUGAGUCCGUGCCACCCAAUUACACCCAUGUAACCUAUUAAUCUUCUAAACCUGUUUGUCUUUGGGACAUGGGAGGAAACCAUAGCCCCUGGAGGAAACCCACACGGUCACAGGGAGAAUGGACAAACUCCUUACAGACAGCAGUGGCAAUUUAACCCGGGACGCUGGUGAUGUAAAGUGUAAGGCUAACCACUACCGACUGUGCCACCCAGUACUUAAUGGUACACAGAAAGGAAAAAGGUUUGACACACUCUUGGAAAUAAUUCAGUCUCAUUGGCUAGACAAAUGCUGAUGUAAUGAUUUGCAUCGCCUCAUCUUUGAACUUGAACAAUCUUAUGUCUGCUGAUUAUCUGUUGAACUGUUGAUGGGCAGGGUUAGUGAUUGCUAGGUCAGUGUCAUUAUAACAAAACAGAGCCAGACUUCAACCGGGGUUAUCUUUGACAUAACUUGAUUUUUUUUGUAGACAUUGGUUGGUUGUGAAGGAAUGAUGUCGUUCCCAAUUGUUCACGGGUACUUCGCGCUCUUAAUGAUCGGUUAACAGGAAAGAGUGUGCUUACAAGCUGUCUGCACCAAACCAAAAGGGAUAUUUCAGUUCCAUAAUUAUUGCUAGAAAGAGUUAUUAAUUUACAGGGAGCCUCUGUUAAUACUGGAUGUAAUAUAACUUCUUAAUGUCAUACGUUGCAUUUCACAAUAAGAAAAUUGUAAAAUAAAAGUGUAAGCAUUC